AUGGCGCUCUUUGUUUCACCAACGGAUAAGUCAUCCUCGAUGAUUUCCCAUUCCUUUCCUGCUGAGCCACCUCUCUUCGCCAUUCGAAUACUUCAAAAGUGCUGGGAACACGUGGGGGUCCCGAAACUGCACAGUGUUGAGUGGGGAUACGUGAACAGUGGAGACAUCAUAAAACCAAGAAAAGAGGUAGAAGAUGAGGGUGGAGAUAGGUGCCAUAGUUUUGAGCUUACUACACAGGAAGCUUGGCGAAGGAAGGGUGGGACAGUGGGUGAUUUGGACCAAAGUCAUUAUGUCGCGAUAAGAAAGAGAAACGGAAAAGCAAGUGCUUGCUUUCACGCUAGUGUCAUAGUUCAGAAGAAAACGCUAGACUUAGAAGCGACAAUUUCUAGACACAUCCUGCAUGUAACAUGCUAUACUAGUUUCCAGGAGAUUGAACUCUAUUGCUUUGAAAGGGAAUGGCAGUGUUAUAAAGAUAGGAAACUUCGUCUUUCCAUUCUUCUAUCAACAUACGGCUAA